CUCUAUCCAUUGGUUCCCUUCCUUAACCUCCUAGAAUGCGGCUGAAAUGAUGUCUUCUCUAAGAUGUAGUGCCUAUUCUCUGAUAUCGUCAAGCUGAAUUGGGUAACCCAAUAACACCAUCUGCACUUCUCUCCACCUUCGGCUUCUUCUCAUCUGCCCCCUUGGCUUGAGAUCUAGGUGGAAAGUCACAUAGCCUGACCCUGUAGCAAUAACAAAAUGGAAGCCCAUGAAGAGCUUCUCCUCUGGGCAAAACAGAAGGGUGUCCAACUACACGGCAUCGAGCCACGGAGAAUGCCUGGCCGGGGAGUUGGCGUUGUUGCUACAGAACCACUUAAGCCGAACCAGGUACUGCUUGAAGUUCCUACAUCAUUGCUAAAGUCCCUGAGCUCUGUGCCACGAUCUGUCUCCAGGAAGCUGCCCCGGGACAUGAGCGUCCAUGGACUCCUAGCUGCGGAUCUCGCGUUGGACGAGUCCGCCACACACUCCAAGUGGGAUGCCGUGAUGCCUACUAAAGAAGAGGUGAUGGCAAGCCUCCCUCUGGCUUGGGACCCGGACCUUCAGGAGUACUUCCCCAAGCCAGCGAGAGAUUCCAUCCGAAAGCAGCAGACCAGGUUCAAACGGGACUGGGACAUCGUGCACGCCACGUUCCCCUCCCUCCUCGAAGAGGACUACCUGUACGCCUGGCUCCUCGUCAACACGCGGACCUUCUACUACACCACCCCCAGAACCGAGAAGCUCCCCCGCCACGACCGCAUGAUCCUCCAGCCGGUGGCGGACCUGCUCAACCACGCCGACGAGGGCUGCUCCGUGUCGUUCGACGGGCGCGGCUUCACGAUCCGGAGCGGCCGGGCGUACGCGGCCGGCGAGGAGGUGUGCAUCUGCUACGGCCGGCACGGCAACGACGUCCUGCUGGCCGAGUACGGCUUCGCCCUGGCGGCCGGCCGCAACCGCUGGGACGAGGUGUGCCUCGACGACGCCGUGCUGCCGCGCCUGUCGGCGCGCCACCGGCGGCACCUCGAGGACCGCGGCUUCCUGGGCAACUACAGGCUCGACGCCGCGACCGUGUGCUACCGCACCCAGGUCGCGCUGAGGAUCCUCUGCGUGCCGCUGGGGGAGUGGCGCGACGUCGUCGACGGGCUCGACGACGGCGAGGCACAGCAGGGCGAGGUGGACCGGCUUCUGAUCUUGCUGCUGCGAGAGCUUCGGGAGGGUGCGCGGGAGACGAUUGCGAAUAUCGAGGUGGCGACGGCUGGUCUGGACCAUCAGCGUCAGGCACUGAAGGACAGAUGGGUGCAGAUCAUAGACCUGGUGUCGUCUACGAUACUGAGGCUCGAAUCAUCAGUGGCCCAGGAAUCGACAUAGAAGCUAUUGUGCACAGAUGCUUUCCAGUGCUGGCAUGUUCGGUCACGGAUAACUAUCACCUGUUUGGCCGUUUACCAACCAUCCUCUGAGCCGGCCAACGCUCUUGGUACUAGUUGGACUUCUUGGUUAUGCGAGGCAAGAAGAGGAGGACAUCACAUCCACACGCACCAGUCAACUUAGCAAGCUGGCUCGGGCUUCUAGAAGGUCAUCAGGGGGACGCAAUCCAUGUAUCAACUGCGUGGGAUUCCUAUUCAUUCUGACUCGGAGUGCGACCAAAACGCAACUAUACACACUGAACUGGGACUUUGACCGCGACACCAUGCUCGAUGAUUCUGCUUAUGCCCCUUCCGGAGAUCGG